GGAGAGGAGAGGAGAGGAGAGGAGAGGAGAGGACCAUGGGCCCUUGGAAUCGAGUCAGCGUGGCUAAAUGCCAGAUGCUGGUCACCAGUGUCUUUGUGUUGCUGCUGGGCCUCUUUGUGGCCAGCAUGGCAGCUCUCACCUACUUCGGGGCCCAUUUUGCUGUCAUCGGCCACGCGUCCCCAGAGGACACCCCCUACGAGGCCAUGCACCGCUGGCUCUUCUACGCAGGGAUCGGCCUGGCCGGGCUCCUGACCCUGGGGGCUGUGCUGAGUGCCAUAGCCACGGUGAGAGAGGCCGGGUGCCUCAUGGCAGGGGGCUUCCUCUGCUUUGCGUUGGUGUUCUGUGUCCUGACGCAGAUGGCCUUCUGGAGGUUCCACAACCCUGCCCAGGUGGAGGACGCCGUGUUGGACAUCUACGACCUGGUGUAUGAGCAGGCAGUGAAGAACCCUUCCGGCACCCAGUGGCAGGAGUUGCUGGCCAUCCAGGACACGUUCCUGUGCUGUGGGAAGCGCACCCCGUCCAGCCUCCUGGGCAGCUCAGAGGCUGACCUGUGUCUGGGAGAGCAGGCCAGGAGACAGGACUGUCUGCAGGGCAUCAGGAGCUUCCUGAGGACACAUGGACACAUCGCCUCAACCCUGGCCAGUGUGGGCCUGGCCUCUAUGGUGUACGCAAUGCUGCUCAGCUCCUUCCUCUGCUUCGCCAUCCGCUCCGGCCGCAGCUUGGACCGCAAGGGCACAUACACGCUAAGCCCACGGCAUCCUACCCGGCCCCUCCACAUUCUAGAACAGCCUCAGUCCAUCUGCUUCUCAGAGCCCGUGGCUGCCAGCCCCAGGAGCCCAGCUUCUUCAGACGCUUCCAGGAGGAACUUGCACUUCAUCACCUGUCCGAAGCAGGUGCUCUGCAUGACCGUCUGGGCCCAAGCGGAUGCUCGGAUGGCCCUCGGCUGCUCCAGGACAACUGACACUGUGGUUCAGCCACCUGUCCUACCCCCUGUCCACCCACAGAGGCGAAGACGCCCCGGCCUCAGCCCCCAUGUGAUCCUCAUGAGGCAGAUGUGAGCUGUGCCCUCCUCAGGGCAGUGGGAUGGGGACGGGGAGGCCUGGCCAGACAGGCGGGCUCCAUGUCAGCAGACGGGGUCAAGGGUCGUCCACACACUCAGGUGGAACCGGCUGGGAAGUGCGUCAGAACAGGAGAGCCAGACUGCAGGCCUGACAGGGUCCUGCUGGGAGGCAGCAUGUCAGACCCAGGGUGACCUGAAUCCACGUCUCGGGCCCUGGUCCUUGCCAGCUGUCAGCAGGGGCCCAUUCUCUGCUCCUGAGACCACCCCUUUCCCUCUCACGUGGCCCAAUCUGCAAGGCUGCAAUGACGUGCUGAGUCCUUCUCAUGCUGAGAAUUUCUCUGGUUUCCCCUCUCUUACUUGGAGAGCAGAGGCUGGAGAACACACUCUGUUCUCAAAGGCGCAUGCAGCAACCUGAGCCCACACAGGUGACGUCCCUAUCUUAAGGGGAAAUCGUAUCACAUCUCCAGUGACACCGUGUGCACAGGUUCCAAGGAUUAAGGCAAACAUGGAGGGGGGGUGCAUUUUAGAAAUUCUGCCUGCCCCAGCCACUCCCACUGGACACCCAGACCACCUCUGAUGAAUUCUAACUGUCCCCGAGGGUUUGCCUCCUUUGCUCAAAAUCCACAGUCCUGAGUCAAACACCUCUUUUGGCCCUGCCGAGGCCAAGGCCUAACAAGCUGAUGAAGGAGAAGGGGAUAGUGGGACCCUUGUAACUCCAUAGAGGGGGCAGGGCUGCCCCCACCAAGACCAAAAGGGGGGGGCCUCCAAAAUAAGAAGAGCCAUUCUGUGAUGGGCAGCCAAAAAGGGGACAGAGUGAUAAACACCCAGUACAGUCCACCUCUCGUGGUUCCAAUCACACACACGCUUCUUCCUACACUUGCACUUCCAAAACCGAGAAUGUCCCCAUCUAACACAGAGCAAGGGGCACCCUUCUAGCUGAAGUCCUCGUCCCCAAAGGAAGAUACCCCAGCGUCUCAUGGGUCCUGCAUUCGGUGACAGUCCAGCUGCAUUCCUCCUCUGCUUCUGUUUUUGUCGUCUCAUUAUUCUACAACUUAGGAAAUAAAUUUUAAAGAAAGCA